AUGGAACCCUGCCCCUUGUAUUUCCCCUUAGUACCCACUGCUCCGGACCAGCUGACUGUUGACACCACAUCAGCUGCUGUUAGCUGGAACCAGCCACCAGGAUUGGACCAAACCCAACAUCAUUACCAGAUCUCCUACCACUGUCCAGGGACAGAACCCCACUACACUACCACAUCUUCACACAGCAUCACUCUCUCUGACCUGAAACCUGCUACUGAAUACUCUAUCACUGUCUGCACUGUGCUGGAAAAUGGAAAGAAAAGUAAACUGGUGUCAACAACCCUCACAACAAUACUUCCUGCUCCAGACCAGCUGACUGUUGACUCAGUGGACACCACAUCAGCUGCUGUUAGCUGGAGCCAGCCACCAGGAUUGGACCAAACCCAACAUCAUUACCAGAUCUCCUACCACUGUCCAGGGACAGAACCACACAUCAUUACCACAUCUUCACACAGCAUCACUCUCUCUGACCUGCAAUGUGGUACUCAGUACUCUGUCACUGUCUGCACUGUGCUGGAAAAUGGAAGGCAAAGUCGACUGGUGUCAACAACCCUCACCACAAUACUUCCUGCUCCAGACCAGCUGACUGUUGACUCAGUGGACACCACAUCAGCUGCUGUUAGCUGGAGCCAGCCACCAGGAUUGGACCAAACCCAACAUCAUUACCAGAUCUCCUACCACUGUCCAGGGACAGAACCACACAUCACUACCACGUCUUCAGCCAGCAUCACUCUCUGUGGCCUGAAACCUGGUACUGAAUACUCUGUCAAUGUUUGCACUGUGCUGGAAAAUGGAAAGACAAGUCGACUGGUGUCAACAACCCUCACCACAGUACAUUUUCAGUGGUGGAGGAGACCAUCCAGAGUUGCUGCAGUGUGUGUUCUACUGGCUGUCAUCAUAGGCCUGUGGGAUUCCUAUGCAACUGCAGAGCGAGACCAGCUACAGAAUAGUCUAAAUACCAGGACUACAGAGAGAGACCAGCUACAGAAUAGUCUAAAUACCAGGACCACAGAGAGAGACCAGCUACAGAAUAGUCUAAAUACCAGGACUACAGAGAGAGACCAGCUACAGAAUAGUCUAAAUACCAGGACUACAGAGAGAGACCAGCUACAGAAUAGUCUAAAUACCAGGGCCACUGAAGUAGACAAGUUGAAAAAGAGUCUGAACACUACAACUAUGGAGCGUGACCAGCUACAGAAGGAGAUAGAACGACUGAACUGGGAGAACAAAAGGUCCUGUCCUGAAGGAUGGAGAAGGUUUGGCUCCAGCUGUUACUACCUCUCUACUGAGGGGAAAUCCUGGGAGAAGAGUAGACAGGACUGUCUGGAGAGAGGAGCAGACCUGGUGAUCAUUAACAGUGAAGAGGAACAGACAUUUAUCAAUGGGUUUGAGUCAGUCAAGUGGGUCUGGAUUGGUCUGACUGAUUCUGUUACUGAGGGAACCUGGAAAUGGGUGGACGGCACCCCACUGACCACCCCAAGGUUUUGGUGGAGUGGAGAGCCUGGUGGUGGUGUCGGGGAGAACUGUGUGGAAAUCUAUUACAUAUCAUCAGGCCAAGGAGUAUGGAGGGAUUAUGAUUGUUCCUUUUCACAACAAUGGAUCUGUGAGAAAUAGUCUUCUCAUAGUUACUUUCUCUGCACUGCUGAUUAAUGAACUCUCUACUGUAUGUUAAUGAUGGUCUAAAAGACUGAUGGGAUUUGAUAGAAUUGUACUCAACUACAGGUAGGAGACAAACAUAUUCACACACACGAAGACAGUGAUCUGAACCAGAGCCUCCCGCAAGAGAAACCAA